CAACGACACUCUUCUCAACCUCAUUGCCUGUUCACCAGGACUUCUCCUGUGCAGCGUGUGUGAGCGACUGGAUUUUAUUAUUACCGGUAGAGUUACUACAAACCUCGCUGUUUCCGGGUUAUGAUUCAGUGACGCCAAUGCCUCCCAUCCACGACACGGACGACGGGGGCAGUCGUCCCGAGAGGCCAUGGCUAUUUCCUGCGACUCGUCGGUUACGCCAUCUGCACGGUGUUUCCGUGCGCAACCUCGUCGUCACCCCUCCCCCCAGCCGGGUCCGCGGCAAGACCAUCGACGAUGAUGAUAUCCCCAACACAAUGCAGUCACCGGCGAAGCUGCUGGCGCAGAAAGAGGCCCGAGGGGCUCAUCACUCGCGGUCGUUUACAGAUUUGGCUGCCAUGGCAUGGGGGGAGGGUCAGGGUCAACCUCGCGAGGACCAGCCACAACCACCACCACAACCACUACCACCACCACCGUCGUCAUCAGCAUCAACGCAGGCACGACGACGUCGAAGUACCCUGCCAUGGAAUGAGCCGGAUCCCUUGACGAGACGGGUGAAGCUGGAGGAUAUCAUGAAGAGUCGUAUGGCAGACACCUGGUUCUCGCUGCACGGUGAUGGGGAGGAUGAUGAGCCUGUGUAUAUCAGCGAGGUCACGCCGAUGACCACCAACCCGAGCUUCCGCUUCUUCGACCUGAACAUCUGCGGACCACGAGUGUCACGGCAGGACCAUCUGACGCUGCGACUAUGGGCGAAGACAGUGGGGAUGGCUGAGUAUAUACUGCUUCUUGACCUGCAGCUGCACCUGCGGUCACUGCAGUUUCUUGGGCGCUCGCUGGACAGCUUCCACCAGCCGUUGCCGGCGAACUCGGUCCUGUUCCACUUUCCGGAUGGAGUUUAUGCCAAUCUCACAUCUACGCCGCCAACAUGGUCGCCACUACCGCUGCCCACCCGCCGACCGGUGACGGUGUCUUCGGACAGAGGGGUGGUGCAGUCGACCUCGUCGUACGAUGCGUUGAUGCGGCUGGCGACUCUCGAUGAAUGCGUGCAGGACGCCGUGGCAACGCGCGAGAAGCUGGAAGCCCAGAUCAGUGCGAUCCUCGAGCAUAACCAGCGGGCGGUCAAGUCGACCAGCGACGUGUCCAAGGCCCAGGACAGGCUCGCACUCACCAGGCAUGCGAUCGCUACCGAGCGACGACAUGUGCGCGCGACCGUCAAGCGCCGCGACGAGCUGACCGCCAGCAUCGGUGCCCGCAAGGCAGCGAUGAGCCACGGCCGUGACGCCCAAGACCGAGCUCGCAGCCACCUUCCCGAGGCGCAGGACAACCUGGUCUCGAAUCAGACACUGCUCGCCCAGACGACGGACGAGACCAAGGGGCAGAUCCGACGGAUUGCAGAGGACCUGCUGGAGAUCUACCCGAUCGAGCCCAUCGCCAACAAGCCGCUGGCGUUCACGAUUGCGGGCCACGCGCUGCCGAACUCGAGUUUCGACGACCGCCUCGACCGGGAGACCGUCGCCGCUGCUCUCGGGGCGGCCGCGCAUCUCGUCUACCUGCUGUCGUUCUACCUGUCGAUCCCCCUGCCAUACCCGGUCAACCCGCACCUCUCGACCUCGCUGAUCCAGGACCCGGUGUCGCUGGCGCUGCCGCAGCGCACCUACCCGCUGUACCCCGUCAGCGUGCAGUACCGCUUCGAGUACGCGGUCUUCCUGCUCAACAAGGACAUCGAGUUCCUCCUCAACUCGCACGGCCUGCGCGUGCUCGACAUCCGUCACACCCUGCCCAACCUGAAAUACUUGCUCUACGUUCUCACCGCGGGCACCGCCGAGCUGCCCGCGCGAAAAGCCGGGGGGAUUCGAGGCCUCCUCCCUGGUCGUUUGACCCCGAGCCUGCUGUCCCGGUCCCGACGGGAUAGCGAUGACAGUGUCGUCUCUGGACAAUCGGGGCAGUCUGUGAGACAGUCUCUUCUUCUACAAGACACGCGGGACAAAGCCAUUGCCCAUCCUCAGGCGGUUUAAUCCUUCUCUCCUAUUGUAUAUAUAUGCUGUACAGUAACUGUCAAUAUAAUUCGUAUCAUCAAGACAUAAUCUACCCAGAUACAGAUAAUAAGC